CUUAUGGAUGAGGUUCACGUCGGCGAUGACUUCAGCAGCUGCCGUUUCUCUGCAUUUUCCGCGGAAGACAAGAACCAGCAGAUGCAGCGUAAGAGGAGAGCUAUUUGAUGUAGCCCAGCCUCCGACCAUGGAGAUACAAAGUGCUAAACAUCAUUGCAAAAAAUCAAAAAACAAAGAAUAUUGGUAACCUUGUGAACUACAAAUGGGAAAUAUAUCUGUUUUGUGAGCUGUUUGUGGGACAUUAUGAAUCUUACCAAUAAGACUCCUGACCUGGCGGAUGAGAAUCUACCUGAGCCCUUUAAUGGUACACUGGGCUUGCUUUCUCCAAAUGGAACUUUCAUUCACACUUCAACUUUAGUUAUGUGCACCUUUUUACUGGUGAUCAUAUUUUGCUUGGGAUCUUAUGGGAAUUUAAUUGUCUUUCUUUCAUUUUUUGACCCAGCCUUUAGAAAACUACGGACUAACUUUGACUUUAUGAUCUUGAACUUGUCUUUCUGCGACCUCUUCAUCUGCUGUGUUACAGCCCCAAUGUUUGCAUUUGUACUGUUUUUUGACACAGGCAGCAGUGUCUCAAAAGAGUUUUGUUUUACCUUCCACUUGACAAGUUCUGGAUUUAUAAUAAUGUCACUUAAAACCGUUGCUGUUAUUGCACUUCAUCGGCUCCGCAUGGUGCUUGGCCAGCAACCGAAUCGGACAGCAUCUUUUCCAUGUACUUUAAUGCUCACCAUUCUUCUUUGGACUACAAGUUUCACACUGGCUACCUUGGUGACUAUGAGGACUUACCCUUGGAAGUCUAAGGCAUGUUUGCCACACUUUGGACUGAUUAGUGGAGAUGGUAAAAUUAUACUUUAUCUGUACCUCAUUGACUUUGCAUUUUGUGUAGGAAUUGUCUCUGUAUCAUAUGUCAUGAUCGCACAAGCAUUAAGGAAGAAUGCCCAGGUUCGGAAAUGUCCAAUUAUUACAGUGCAUGCCUCCAGCCCUCAACCUCUCAUUGCUACUGGCUUUGAUGGUGUACAAUGCACAGUCCCGGCACUGUAUAGAAACCAGAAUUACAACAAGCUGCAGCAUGUGCAGACACACCCGUAUACCAAAAAAAUGAGCCAGAUGCCAGUUGUGGGGGGAAAGUUUCAGCUUGUGUCUUCUGUUAACCUUGCAACAGCUAAGGACUCCAAAGCUGUAGUCACAUGUGUUGUCAUUGUGUUAUCAGUGUUGCUAUGCUGCCUGCCAAUGGCUAUCUCCCUAAUUCAGGAUGUUUUGUCUCCAGAGAGCAGCUUCAUUCUGUACCAGUUUGAGCUCUGUGGAUUUACGCUGAUUUUCCUCAAAUCAGGCAUAAACCCUUUUAUUUACUCACGUAACAGUGCUGGACUUAGAAGAAGAGUUCUUUGGUGCAUUCAGUAUGUUGCACUUGGUUUUCUCUGCUGCAAACAGAAGACCAGACUUAGGGCUAUUGGUAAGGGCAGCUUAGAGGUAAACAGAAACAAAUCCUCUCACCACGAAACAAACUCGGCCUAUAUGCUCUCUCCCAAGCCACAGAGAAAGCUAGUUGACCAAGCUUGUGGUCCGAGCCUUUCCAAGGAGAGCGUGCUCAGCCCCAAAGCAACAGGUGGACACCAGCCCCUAGCUCAGAGCAGCUCCACACCUAUAAACACCCGCAUUGAACCAUAUUACAGUAUUUAUAACAGCAGCCCCUCACAAGGAGUGAGCUCCCCAAACAGCCUACAGCCUGUCAAUUCUACUUUUGGGUUUGCCAAAUCAUAUGUUGCCAUGCACUACCAUACAAAGAAGGACUUGAUUCAAGACUUUGAAAGCCCUUCAUCCAAGCAAAUCCCAGUUCCCUCUGUUUAAUGGGGUAGCCAUGUGGAGGCAAGACUUGCUGUUUCUGUUAGUACUUGUAUAGUUUUAUUUACCAGAAUGAAUGUAUUAAUGUACAGCAUAAUGACAGGUUUUAUUGAAAACAAACAAUAAGCAAAAAAAUAUAUGAGGGAUGACUGCCAGAAGUAUAUUUUUACAUUAAUAUUGCAUAUUUCAUUAUAACCUCUGUAUAUUUUAAUGGCAUCAGAUUUUGCUGUCAUUUUCUUCACUAAGACUGUAUAUGUGGAUUUGCCAUAUUUCUUUUUUACCAAUUAAAUGUAUUACAAAUGCAUUACCU